GUCAAAGAAGUUGGGUUACUAAAAUCAGGACUAAAAUAAAUCAACUUCACCCUUUAAAGCCCUUCAAAAAUGAAGCUAUUCAGCAUUGCAGUUGCAGUAGCCAUCAUGCUCACGUCUAUCUGUCUUCAGGAGAACUCUGCUGCACCAGUUAAUGAAGGUCAAUAUAUGGAGGAACCAGUGAUCAGUGACAUUCAGUCCGCUGCACAUGAAGAAACAUCUGUAGACUCUGGGAAGAUGCUGGUUGAUGGGAGACAAAAGCGUGGUACCUGUGGUCUUUGCUGCACCAAUGGCCACUGCACUAGAUGCUGCUAUGCUUAACUUGAAAUGCUUCUUCCUGGAAUUCCAGUCAUGGCAUAAACAUCUGGAGGGUCUCAUAGGAUAUGGCCAUAAUGUGGUUAGAUGUCACUGUAUAACUAAAAUAGUUUCCUAAGAGUGUGUGAAGAAUAAAACACUUCAGAAACAA